AUGUCAAAUACUUUCUUUGUUUUUCUCCCUAGUAAUGUUUCCGAUUAUCCAGAUAAUCGACCAAAUAAAUUUCGCGUCCAUCUGCCUAGACCUCUAUAUUUUUCUGGAGACUGGGUAUGUGGUUUGCAUAGUAUAAGUUAUCCAUAUUCAUGGCCCUCAACUAUUGGUACUCUUGACGAGCAAUGGAUUGACAUCCAUUUUACCAAAACUGAUGGAAGGGCUAGUAUUAUUCGUGUACCCGUUCCCAAAGGUUCACACACCACUGUAGAAGAUUUACAUCGAUUUUUAUUAUCUACUUUAGAACACCAAGUAGGAGCUAUAGAAGGAUCAUCCUUGGAAAAACCCGAGACCCUAGUCAAACCUCCAAGUGUCCGCAGACCAAAACGUAGUGUAUCUCCUGAAGGAGAACUUAGAAUGCCAUCUCCUUCAUCAUCGGCCGAGGAAGAGGAACCCUCUAAUAAAAGACCUUCAGUUGAAAGAGAUAGAACACCUCCAUCUUCUGAAGAAGGAGAACUUAGAGAACAAUCCCCUUCGUCCUCUGCAGAAAGGGAACUAGAAUCCCGUAGUUCAUCUCCUAAACUUACCAAAAUAAUCCCGACCCCUCAACCUCCAAUACCUACACCACAGCCUCCAAAGCCUUCACCUUCAAAACCUAUUCCAGAAACUCCAAAACCUACAUCACAUCCUCCAAAACCUAUUCCAGAAACUCCAAAACCUACACCACAACCUCCAAAACCUUCUUCUGAACGUCCAAAACCCUCAACUGAGCCCCCGAAACCCGCACCCCAACCACCAAGACCUUCUCCUCAACCACCAGAACCAACUCCUCAAACACCAAAACCCACUCCACAACCUCCAAAGCCUACAACACCUCAACCUCCGAAACCCUCAUUAGAACCUUCAAAACCUAUUCUAGAAACUCCAAAACCUACACCACAACCUCCAAAACCUUCUUCUGAACGUCCAAAACCCUCAACUGAGCCCCCGAAACCCGCACCCCAACCACCAAGACCUUCUCCUCAACCACCAGAACCAACUCCUCAAACACCAAAACCCGUUCCACAACCUACGAAACCCUCUCAUCAACCACCAAAAUCCGUUCCGCAACCUCCGAAGCCUACACCACCUCAACCACCAAAACCCUCUCCUCAACCGCCAAAACCCUCUCCUCAACCACCAAAACCCACUCCUCAAUCUCCGAAACCCUCCCCUCAACCACCAAAACCCUCUGCUGAAACACCAAAACCCACUCCUCAAACACCAAAACCCACUCCUAAACCAAAGGCAAUACAACCUUCUUUACCCACUUCUCUUUCACGAACACAAGAGGAAGAAUCAAGAACUCCAUCUCCCUCGUCUUCAGCUGAAUCUUCAACCGAACUUCCACAACUCCCUAAACCUGAAGCUACAUUUAAUGACCCUCUAUGGACUGAAGAAUAUGAACGAGUACUUACCCAUGUACUUGCAAAUCUUGGACAGAAGAUAACUCCUCAAGCAAGGAUAAAUUAUCUACCAAAUAUGCCUAUACUUGUAAAAAAAUAUGGCAAAGUAAACAAAGUAGACUCAACAACACAAAAGCAAAUUAUAGAUUCUCUCGAAUUAUUUUAUCAUAGCGACUUUGAACGAUUCAAAGUCACAUUCACCCACCCAAGUAUAAAAUAUGUUUCCUUUUCCAAUCAAUUAGGUUAUGUAUUAGGCUUCCAAAAUCCAAACAUGGUACUAAACAAUGAAAUUGCCAAGUACGGGUGUGAUUUACGAGGAGGUUUCUCAAGUUUCGCUGUUUAUUCCAAAGGACUUACUGAAAGUAUGAUUAUAGGGAAUUCACUUAGUUCACUCCUAAGGGUUGUUUCUGUAGCUGGAGCCACCCCAGGACAAUAUUAUGAGAAAAUAUAUGAUUCACCAAUUUACGCUCGAGUUUUACCAAAAGAAGUUAAUGAGAUUGAGAUUGAACUGAGAACAAUGGAUAAUGGUCGACCUGUACCAUUUGAAUUCGGUACAGUGCUCCUGGUCCUAAUAUUUAAGAAGGUGAUAAAUUUCUGA